AUGUCGAGUAUUUAUUUGAAAAGAACCAACUUUAGAUUACUUAGCUUAAUUGCUGGAGGUUCAUUAGUUGCAGGUUAUGGUUUAAACAAAGCUAACCAAGUAUCAAUUACUACCAUUGAUAAAUCCACACCUCCUAAUAAUAGCAAAUUUUUACCUGCUGGGUUAUUUCCUUUGAGUGUUUUACCAAAAGGUAAGAGUGAGAAAGAUUUCCAACAAGUAUAUAAUGCCAUUGCUGAAAAGGUAAGAGAAGAAGAUGAUGCUGAUGAUGGUGCUGGUAGAUAUGGAUUAUUAUGUAGAUUAGCAUGGCAUUCAAGUGGUACUUUUGAUUUAGGUUCAGGUAAAGGUGGUUCAUAUGGAGGUACUAUGAUUUAUGAACCUGAAAGUACUGAUCCUGGUAAUGCUGGAUUAUCAAUUGGUAUUGAAUUCUUAAAUGAAUUCUCCGUUAAAUAUCCAUGGUUAAGUAGAGGUGAUUUAUGGACUUUAGGUGGAGUCGUUGCUGUUCAAGAAGCUGGUGGACCACAAAUCAAAUGGAGACCAGGUAGAGGUAAUGUUGACGAUUUAGAUAGUGUUCCAAAUAAUGGAUUUUUACCUGAUGCUUCAAAAGAAGAUGGUAAAUAUGUUAAGAAUUUAUUUGCUAGAAUGGGAUUUGAUGAAAGAGAAACUGUUGCAUUAAUUGGAGCUCAUUGCUUAGGUAAAUGUCAUCCUGAUAGAUCAGGUUUUGACGGUCCUUGGGGUCCAAGUUUCAAUAUGUUCACCAAUGAUUUCUUUGUUAGGUUAUUAGAAGGAUGGCAUGUUAGAAAAUGGAAUGGUCCAAAACAAUAUGAAGAUGAUUCAUCUAAAUCCUUCAUGAUGUUACCAUCCGAUAUGGUUUUAAAGAAAGAAUCAUAUUUCUUAAAAUAUGUUAAAAUGUAUGCUGAAGAUGAACAAUUAUUCUUUAAAGAUUUUUCAGCUGCUUAUACUAAAUUAUUAGAGAAUGGAAUUGAUUUUGGUAAACAACCAUACAUGACAUUCAAGACUUUAGACGAUCAAGAUAUGUAG